AAUAAAAAAAUUAAGAUUAUUUUUCUACAAUUUAGUUGUAACAAAACCCAUGAUGUGUGACGACGAGUUGGUCGUAGCAAAAUAUAUAUACAACCCACUUGUUUGAUUUUAAUUAUAUACACUACCAUUUUUCUCCUUCUUUGUUUACAUCGACACACUUAGACAAAAUCAGAAAACAAAACCUAAAGCCCUUUCUGCCUCUGUUGAAGCAGCUGUCACCGAUCUCCGAUUGAUCUCUUCACAAACUGUAUUGAGUCUCUCCGGCCACCGUCGAUCACGAUCCUCCGAGUCAGGUCCAGCAGAUGGAUGCCACCAAGUACCAUACCGCCAGGCUCCAUACCUCCAGGAGCCACACGUUGUACAAGCGCUUUAUUUUUGCACGCAAACAACUACAGCCAGCAAACUCUCGAUGCAUUGCUGAGUGCUCCUGAAAGAGAAUCUUAGCCACACCUCCACCCGAGAAAACUCAAUGGAGCUUUAUGGGACCAUGGAGGAACUGAUAAGACGUUCCUGAUGAGAGGACAGAUAUUUGGUGGCAAACUUUUGUGUAAGUGAUUUUCUCUAGCUACUCGAUUGCUUGUAAGUGAUUGGUAACUCUGCAGUAACUUAAAAUGUUGUUCACAAAUGCUCUCCUUUCAACUGGUGUUCUUAUCUGCAGUAAGUUAUAUAAUUUACUGGUGUUGUUAUCUGCGGUGGUACCAUCUCACAGUGGGAGGAUCUUCGAUACCGGGGGACAAAACUACAUACGUGAGCGAGGGGAGAGCUCAGCUGGUGCAGUGCAAAGAAUCUCUCUUGAACGCCAAAUGACUUCUGUACAAGAGCAGCUGGCCACUGUGGUUGAGUUUAUGAGGCAAUAUAUGCCUGAAGGUAACGCAAACACUUUCCCCUCUGCUCAGCCAACUUCUGCAACGGGUGCGUCGGUCACUGGCCCAACUCAAGGCAACAUCAGGGAGAACGGUGAAGAAAAUCCUGAACCUGCGACUGAACCUCCAGAAAUGGCUGAUGUCCAUCGAAGUCAUCCCACUAAUGUCCCUGAUGAGUCUCAUGAGCAAGAAGAAGAUGAAGAUGUUGUUCUCCCACCUUUCUUUACUCAAUCUACCUAUUUAGAACUCUUUCUUUUCUCUACCGGCUUAAAAAACUGUUUUAUUUUCUUCAUGUUUAAAACUCUGUUUUAUUUUCUGUAAUUGGAGCUUUUGAAAUUUUGUUUUGCAAUGAUAUUUGCAGGUUAAUUGUGAUUUCAGUAGCUUUUUAUAAAUUUUGA